CAAGAAAUCAUUCUGUGCUUUGUAGUGGUGGUAACAAACCAACAGAACAUUGGUUUCUCUGGCUCUGCAGCAGGGACCCUGUCAGCAGCAGGCUGUGGUGGGUACCCAGAAGGCAGGACGCCCUCUGCUGGACACAUCAAGCGGCCAAUGAACGCUUUCAUGGUGUGGGCGAAAGACGAGCGGCGGCGCAUUCUGCAGGCCUUCCCGGAUAUGCACAACUCCAGCAUCAGCAAGAUCCUAGGCUCGCGCUGGAAAGCCAUGUCCAACCAGGAGAAGCAGCCGUACUACGAGGAGCAGGCGCGGCUCAGCCGGCAGCACCUGGAGCGCUACCCGGACUACAAGUACAAGCCGCGGCCCAAGCGCACCUGCAUUGUGGAGGGGCGGCGGCUGCGCGUCGGCGAGUACAAGGCCAUGAUGAAGAGCCGCAGGCAGGAGCAGCGAGGCGGCUACACAGGGAGCCAGUCCGAGCAGCAGCUGCAUCACUAUUCCUCCGCGGAGCCACCGUACCCCAGCCCCCCCGUGUCCCUGAGCAGCCUGCCCAUGCACCCUGCCCUGCUGGAGAGGUACCUACCCCGCACCCUGGAGCCACGCCCCUCUCAGCCCCGCGAGCGGGAGGGGAGAGUCCCUCCGCCACCGCCGCCGGCGGAGAGAUACCCCUACAGCGAGGGGGAGGACAGCAACCCGGGGGAGCGCAGCGAGGGCGAGCUGGUGGUCCUCACUGACUGAGGCCCAGGGGCAGAGCCCUCCUCUGGGAGGCCAGCCAGGAGUCGUCAGUUUUAAUUCUGCCUUUUUUUCUUAAUUCUAAACCUCGAUGACACUCUGGGUUUGAAGGAUCUAUACGUUUUUGAAAUCUUAGGGGCUCAAGGGGUAAAACCCUCUGCUAUUUUUAAAAACGGGGAACAUAAACACAAUGUUUGUGAACAGAAUCCUCCCCUACGCUCUUAAAACACAAAGCAAGUCCCUGUCUCACCGUCAGGAGAGCUUUGCGGAUUUCACUCCGAGACGUGGAUGAACCAAGCUCAGAGCAGAGCAAAGGCGCUAUUAGACCGGCUCUAUUUAUUUGCUUUAUUUAUUUUUUGUAAGGUUUCUACAUGUUUGUGAAUAUAAAGAUCAGAAGCUAAGUUUUCUGAAUUAAGAGCUACAUUCACAAUAUUUCAUUAGAUUACUUCAGAGACUUUCCCGGCGAUUUACCUGAGAAAACACAAAUGGCAACGCAGAAACAUCGGGAAGAUUGUAGAUGAGAGGGGGGUUAUUCAGCUCAUGGGCCAAUUGAUCCAUGGGUCUUGUCAAGCGCUCUUUGAACGUAGCCAAGGUAUCCAAUUUGAAAACAGAACUGGGUAGACUCCUAUAACCCUUUGUAUAGAGAAGCACCUAUUUACUUUCCAUUUGUGUAAUAGUAAUCACACAGACAAUAAUAGCAGUUCUUGUUCCAUAAGUGACAUUGUAGACUAUAAGGUUAAAAGGCCUUAAGAUCAUCCAAGAACUAUGCAUUUUCACAUGGAUUUUCAAAUAAACAUUAAAAUCGUAGUUUAAACACCUAAGGAAAAUGCUUUGGAUCCAGUGUACUAGGAGAAUGUUGCUCUGCCAUCUGUGCAGGUACUACAUUUUCUCCAUACAGCGCGUCACAAUAUGGUGGAGCAGAUCUCGAGGAUUAACACCUUGGAGAUUCUGAAUUUAGAAAGAGAGAAGUCUCAAAUGUCCAUCUUCCCUAGCAAACAUGUAAAGGACUGUGCUGCUACAGCCUUUUCAAUGAAUUAGACAGCUAAUCACCUCGUUUCUACAGGCCUCAUAAUGUUACUAACGCCUUUAAUAUCCAUACAUCUGUAACCUCUUGAAAACAAAAUGACAGCCAUUGAGUAAAGGAGUUCUCCAAGCAGAUCUAGCCACCCUGGCAGACUUAUCUGAAGCACAGUAAGUAAAGGCUUAUGAAAAGAGUGAAGUAUUGGUUAGGGAUUCGGACAUGUUCCAAGUUCAGCUGUUGGACCGUUGAAGAAAGCAUGAGCCAAACAACAAUAAGAAUGAAGCAGAACACAUAACCUUCCAAAUACUACCCCCUGUUUGAACAGGAGACCUUCCGCAGGUGUUUGUGGGUGGGCAAGGGGAAAGGGAUCAGGCUGUAUGUCUUGGGUUUAACUGUACAGAAGUGAGGGUACCGGAAACAAAACUGCCAUGGUGAAGAAGGAAUUCAUGGAUACCAAAACCGGAAGAUGCAAUCAAUCGCAAAACCCUAGCCUUCCUGACAGAAAAAAAGGAACAGGCUUACAAAAAGAGCCUGCAAGAUGCACUGUGUGACAGUCUCCAUUUCAAAAAGCUGUAGGUGUAUAAGUGUGUAUAUAGAAAAACUACAUACUUUCUAUUAAGUCUGCUCUACCACGAGGUUUUGGCAAAAUGUGAAAUAUCUUGAACAGAUGAUACAUGAUCUUAUGGAAGGCAGAUUUUUUUAAACGAAUGGAAAAGUCUCCCAGUUAAUUGUUGAUUUUAUAUAUAUAUACACACAGCCCAGCUUUGAUCAUGCACUUACACGAUGUUUGUAGCUGUAUUAAACAAAACUGUUACAAUGAUUUAUUCUCGCCAAACCAGCACAUGACGAACGUGCCUCUGCUCUGUUAACUGUGUACACGUGCUCGUGUCUGCUUCAGACCCGCGAGUCUGCAAUCAUUAUUCACGGUGUUCAUUACUUAGUUUGCAUACUGAGAUACAUUUUAAUAAAUACGCAAAUAGGUGGGGCAUAACUGAAGCUGAUCAGCGAGGACAUAUACAUGUAUAUUAAACAUGCACAGAUCUCCUUUAAGGUUUGUGUACAUCGAGGUUGUUGGCAGCCUUAUAUACAACUAGAUUUCUUAAAGUCCAAAAUAAAAAUCCAAGUACCUCCGCCAUUGGGUUAAAUUGUAUUUUUCUAAAUCUAUCGUAUAUUUAUUUAAAUUAAGUUUAUUGUAACUUGCUUUGUAUGUAUUCUUUCCAUUCAUCCAUGCUGUACUGUGACGUGUUUUUUGUGUUCGGGGAGAGAACUUGGUUUGCGGUCCUAGAAACUAAACCGCGGUGAACAUCGCCACCUGCUGGUUCGCAUUUUCAACUGCGAAAAGAUGAUAACACGGAGCCCCAUAUUGUCCUUUUCCCGUCAUUUUGUUCAAGUCUGACAGUAGGGCCCCGGGGAAAAAUACUUGGGGGGAGGGGGACUUCUAAUGUUCUUAAUGAUCACUUUUCUAACACU